UCCUGCUCAAAUCCUGCAACCAAACAGUCCCGAAGAUAAUCUUGUCUGCCUUCUCCAUCCGGCAAUCCUGUGAAGGUUCCAGCAAGGAACUGCAGGAACCUGGUACCUCCUUGUUGAUACUGCAGUCCAGUAAAUCUGGAGCAGCUCUGGUUUCCAUAAUAAAUGCUUUGAGCUUCGAAGGAAUGAGUGGAGGAAGCAGAGCGACUGCUCGUAGCCGUGGGAAGCCCCGGGCCGGAGACGGCGCAGGCGGCGAUUCGUCUGCUGGUAAUCUAAGAGCCGCAGUAGGAAGAGGAAGAGCGAAAAGCCGCGAUCAUGGUCUUCUCCGUAUCAUGAACGUGAGGGUUCGGACGCUUCUAGGGAUUGGUUUUGGCUUUUUUGUUAUACUUAUGGCAUCAUUCUUGUUCUACAAUCUCUAUGGCCGAUCCGAUGAUGAUCCUGAGGUUCGAAAGUUGAUGAGAAUUGUCACACCCUUGCCUGCACCGAAGAUGUUGGAUUUGGCCCAGUUUCAGGGAGAGCACAAGGAAAGCUUGUAUUGGGGAACUUACAGGCCUCACGUCUAUCUUGGGAUCCGUGCAAGAAACCCAAAGUCAUUAAUUUUUGGACUAAUGUGGAUUGGCAUAAAAGACGGGCAAUAUUUACUUCGACAUGUAUGCCAGGACUCUGAUGGUCUUAGCACAUAUGGUUGGAUUGAACACAAUGGUCGAGAUUAUGGUCGUCAGGUAUUGGUGGAUCAAGCCUUUACUUUAACCACUAGUUUCUUAAAGGAGAGUGGAGAUGGUAGCAGUUAUGGAGGAGAUUGGGCCGUAAGAUUAGAAGCGCAGAAUGUGAAAUCGAUUUCAGAUGAAGCAAAGUCGAGUUCUGCACAUCUUUUCUUUUAUAUUGCUGAUGAAGAUGGGAAUUCUCUUAGUCUAGGAAGAGAGAGAUUGGAAUAUCAAGAUGACAUUCUUUUGUCUUCUGGUUCACGUGGGGAUGUUGGAGGAUGGGAAUUUCAUUUGAAAUCAAUGGAAAAAAUGGAAAUCCAUUAUGCAGGAUUCAAGACUCUUCACCUGCACAACUUGACUGAGCUGGUUCAGGGCACUCUUGCUUUCAAUGCAAGAAGUACUGGGCUUCUUGCUCUACCAGAUGCUUUAGAAGAUUCUCCCAACAUCAUUGUUUUUCAGUUUUCUGUGAAGCUCCCUUCAGUUUUGGAUUUAGCUUUUGUAUCUGGAACUGAUUCCAAGGGCUCAAUGGUAAAUGAUCGUAUAAAUGCUCUUACAGGCACCAUGCUGACACAUAAACUAGAUGAGAGAAAAAAAUAUUUUGAAGACAAAUAUAAUAGAUGUUUUAACACAAUGGAUAAGGUAGAUUCAGAGACAAUAUUUGUCGGGAAGGCAGCAAUUGCAAAUCUACUUGGUGGAAUUGGCUACUUUUAUGGUCAAUCGAAAAUUGCCCUUCCCAAGGGCUUUAGUCAAAAAGAUGGGGAAAAAUUCAUUUCUUACUGGCCGGCUGCACUAUAUACAGCUGUUCCAAGCCGCUCGUAUUUUCCUAGAGGUUUUCUAUGGGAUGAGGGUUUCCAUCAGUUGCUUAUUUGGCGUUGGGAUAUUGACAUAUGCUUGGAUAUAAUUGGCCAUUGGCUAGAUUUGAUAAAUGUUGAUGGUUGGAUUCCUCGAGAGCAAAUUUUAGGUGCUGAAGCUUUAAGCAAGGUUCCUCAUGAAUUUGUUCCUCAACAUCCCUCAAAUGGAAAUCCACCUACAUUAUUUCUCGUUCUGCAUGAUUUAUUAAGCAAUUCGAAGUCAAGCAAGUUUUCUGAUGAAGAUAUGGAUAGGAUUUCUAGCUUCUUUGGCAGAGCAUAUAUUCGUCUUGCAGCAUGGUUUCAAUGGUUCAAUAAUACACAGUCUGCGAAGAAUGCGACCGCUUUCUAUUGGCAUGGAAGGGAUAAUGCAACUACUAUGGAGCUGAACCCAAAGACUUUGUCGUCUGGUCUGGAUGACUACCCUCGUGCGUCCCACCCAAGUGAGGAUGAGCGCCACUUAGACCUAUGGUGUUGGAUGCAUCUUGCUUCAGAUUGCUUGCAUUCAAUUGCAGAGAUAAUAGGAAUGCAAAAUUCCUCUGCUAAGGACUAUAAUCUAACAGCUAAAAAACUCGUGAAAUUUGAAGUUCUUAAUCAGCUGCAUUUGGAUGAAGCUUCUGGAGCUUAUUUUGAUUAUGGAAAUCAUACGGAGAAGGUUCGCCUGCGCUGGCACGAAGUGAACGUCGGCAACAGCGCGAAACGAGAACUUUUUCGAGAAACAUUAGAAAAAUCCUAUUUACAAUUAGUUCCACAUAUUGGCUACAUCAGCCUUUUCCCUUUUAUAAUGAACAUCAUUCCACCUGAAUCCUGGAUUCUUGGAAGACAGCUAGAUCUUAUUUCCAACCGUUCGAUCUUGUGGACAGAUUAUGGAAUUCGUUCACUUUCUAAAACAAGCUCCUUGUACAUGAAACGCAACACAGAGCAUGACCCACCAUACUGGAGAGGCCCCAUUUGGAUAAAUCUAAAUUACAUGAUUCUUGCAGCUCUAAACCAUUACUCCAAAGUUGAUGGACCAUACAGGAGUAGAGCACAUGAACUAUACAAAGAUCUUAGAUCUAAUUUGAUCAGAAAUAUUGUGAAAAACUAUUAUGAGACUGGGUAUUUGUGGGAACAGUAUGAUCAAGCAGGCAAAGGGAAGGGCAGAGGCACAAGACCCUUCACUGGUUGGACUUCUCUUGUUGUUCUGGCAAUGGCAGAGCAAUUUCCAAGCUUUCAGCUAAAUUAUAAAUAAUUAAAUUUAUUUUUUUAACUCAAGCUGUUUAAUUAUU